GGAACGCUUCUUCAACAACUGCAGCCACCUCGGUAGCUUGCUGGACAACAAAGUCGGAACAUUUAAGUUAUUUAGGCAGUUUUGUUCUUUAUUUGCCACUAUGAGUUAAAUAUACUUAUGUGGAAACAACUAGAUACCCCAUUUAAUGUAAUGUUUACGUUGUAAGUCAACUAGCUGGCUGGUUAAGUUAGCACUAGUUUAGUCGCUAAUGCUAACUAGCUAUUAUCUCCGACCAUGAGUUCACUAAGCUACUCUCCUCCUGCUAUAGAAGAGGGGGUCUGCUGGACGGAGAAAGAAACUCUCGUGAAAGAGGAGGAGGAAGAGGAGGCUGUUACAAUACAAAAACAAGUAGAGGGUGAGGCUGUUGCCGUGAAAGAAGAAGAGAAAGACGUUUCAAUGAAAGAAGAGGAAGACGCCUUCAGAGUGAAAGAGGAGGAGGAGGAGGAGGAUGUUACUGUGAAAGAAGAGAAAGAAGAUGCAGUUUUUGGAGUGGAGGAUGAAGAGGGGGAGAUUACUGUCACAUUAGAGGAGGACGAAGAAGAGAAGACUGGAGAACUGAUUAACACCAGUAAAUACAGAGAGAGAUUGGACAAUCGUGGAUCCUCUGGGGAGCCUCAACAACAUCAUAAUGCUGACAAGGCGAAGACCAGUCUCUCCGGAUCAGAACUCCCCAAGAAACACCAGCGGAGACGCACAAGGAAGAAAUCUAUCUGCUGCUCUGACUGUGGGAAAAGAUUGAACUCUUCAUCGGACCUUAAAAUACAUCAAAGAAUUCACACAGGAGAGAAACCUUACGGCUGUGAACAAUGUGGGAAGAGUUUUACUCAGCGAUGCAACCUGAUAGUACACCAGCGGGGACAUACAGGAGAGAAACCUUUUAGCUGUGCUCAAUGUGGGAAGAGUUUUACUACAUCUAGUUAUCUAACUAUACACCAGAGAAUACACACAGGAGAGAAACCUUAUAGCUGUGCUCAAUGUGGGAAGAGUUUUACUCAGCAAAGCAGCCUAAUAGUACACCAGCGGACACACACAGGAGAGAAACCUUGUGGCUGUGAUCAAUGUGGGAAGAGAUACUCUGUUAAAAGAUCUCUGAUUAAACAUCAGAAAAUACAUGGAGUUGUUUCAUGAUAUCAAUAAAAUAAUGUCACAAUGUAGAAUGUUUUUAAUAUGUCGUAGGAGUAUUUUAAUGAAUGUCAGAAUGUAAACGUUUGCCCCCCUGUUCAGGUGAUAUUAGCCUCAGGGGAAAAAUCCAGGCUCUGAAUUGAAAGAGUUACUAUUUAUGAGAUUUAACAAAAAGUGACAAACAAAAAUAGAGCUGUGUUACACUUACCACGUUGAUGACCCACUUGAAUCAAAAUACAACACUUCAAAAUGUUUAGGUUUUCAAUAUAUCCCAAACUGUUUCUACAUAUUGGUGAUUUGGACACGUUAAAACUGUGUUUUGACAUUGCGCUAUUCCCAUUCAGCAAAAUGUAAUUGAACAGAUGUCUUCUAAUUUUUUUCAAUGACUUGAAAACAACUUAAUUUCAACGUACUUGCAGCCUAUACACAUCGGCAAUUGGUCUAUAAUCAAUUUUAUUAACAAUCCUACAUCACUCCAGUAUUUCUUGACAACAUUGAAGUGCUAAUUGUCUUUAUUACACUACUGAAGAAGCAUGACUCAAAUCACCUCAUAUUUCAAACAUUCAGCCUGACAAAAGAUACAUGUUUUAUUAUUCCAUGCCUCAACAUUAAGUGAUUAAUUGACAACACAUAUUAACAAAAGGGUGUAUAUUUGGUUUUGAUAUUUCAUAUUUACAAGUCAUGUAACGUUUAGUAAUAAUUAUUAUGCAACCAACUGACAAUUUUUGGGUACAAUUAUAUUGACAUUGUUGCCCAGCUUUUAGAAUAUCAGGGUUAAUUCUCAGAUGUGCCAACCCAAAUGUACUAGAGGAUGACAUUGGGAACUGGGCCCCGAUCCAACAACAUGCUUAUCUAGUGAACCCUGAAAAGAGAGAGAAGCUCUGCAGUGAGGUGGAAAGUAACUAAGGAUAUUGCAGGAGUUUCCUCUUGAAAUCAGACAUGUCCGUGGUAAGGACAUCUUGGUUGCUGAUUGUCUCAAAGGUGGGCAGUUAGAAAGAUUUGUGUUUUGCGUUUAGCCAAUGUGUUACCAUGGAUCACAAUUUAUUUUGACUGCCCGUUUUUCCAUAUUGGAGAUGAGUUUUGUUUGGGCUCGUUCCAAGGGGACUAGAGUUCUAGAAGCUUGUGGAGUUUUCCCCCAAAAUGUAUUAUUUAGAAAUGUGUUUUCUUGUUGACAGUGAACACCAUGUUUAUAUUGGUGAAGGUGAAGCUUUGUAGUUGAUUUAUAAUGUGAAAUGGCAGUAGUUUUCUGUUGGUGGUGAGCAAACUUGUCCAACAAAAAUAUAGGAUAUAUUGGUUGUCUUCAGUCGGAAGGUGUUACAGGCUUUGGUUUUUCCAUUUAUGUUUUGAGGUUGGACGUUAGCAUGUAGGAAAGGGGGAAACAUCGUCAGUUGUACAACUGAAAUGUGUCUUUGGUGCACGUCUAGCUCGUUAGCACGUAGGACGCACUGAUUGGAGUCACCUUGUUAGUCAGUAUGUGUUACACCUGUGCUGGCUUGUCCAUCUCGUUAGUGGGAAGGUGUUUCACCUGAGCUGGUCCAGGUUCUAUUUAAGAGUGUCUGGCCCAGUGCUCCAGUUGUCUUGAUAGAUGUGGAGAAUCAACACCUUUAGUUGCUCCACUUUUUUGGUUUGCUUCCUGUCUUUAAGUUUGUUGUGGGUUUUUCUUUUGUUUGCCUUUUGGGUGUCUUUUAGGUCCCAGUUGUUGUUACUAGUCAACUUUAAGUGGACACCCCCAUUGUGUCUUUCAGAGCCGCUCCUAAAACACAAGCCUAUAAUUUGGAUUAAAUUUUGCAUCCAAUUAAUAUUUUAAUCAAUGGCAUUUCCUUAGGGUGCUCAUUAGUCUUUCAGUUAGUCUUCUGUUUGUUGUGUACUAAAUAUUUCUGUUUAUUUUCAUUGGAUUUUCCUGUGAAGUCAUUUUGUUGCAUUCAUGUCAGAAAUGUGCUGUACAAAUAAAGCUUGAUUUCAACAAAUGAACACGAUGACCGACCAAUCAACAGACUCUUGGUCCCGGUUAGUAUGAAAAUCAGUAUCAAUCCCAUGUCAAAGGAUUCAACUACUGAAAACGUAAACAAAGAAAUGGAUCAACCAGAUCAAUCCCACUUUUCCAGCCUGCUGAAGGCAUGGUGGAGUGGUAAACCAGGGGCUUGAGGUGGUCUCCCACAGCUCUGCUUAUGUCAUGUCCUGUGGCCUUGUCGUUCCAUUUCUUGACUGCCCCUGCAACACAGAAAUAAACAUAUUGUCAUAUAUAAAACAUUCAAAGUAAUGGAUAUGGAGCAUCUAUGGCCUCAUUUACACCGGGCACCUAAAUGUGACUUCUGUCAUCUGAUCACGCCAAGCUGCAUUAGGUUCAGAUCUACCAGGAUGGACCUUUGACAGUCUGGAUGCAGUCAGGCCACUGAAUAUCAGCAAUGUAAAGUCAUGGGGUGAAUGUGUGGGGUAAAAGUACAUUUUACACAUGACCUUCAUAAUAUCAAAGAACAAAUGUUUGUGUCUGAGGGGAAAUUAAUUUUCAUACAGCCAAAAGGGUGAGAAAUUUAACCAAUAUCAGUGGACAAUUUGUACUAAUGUAAAUAAACAGAU